GAUCAGUGAUUAUGUGUUUUAAUCGACGGACUGAUAAUAUAUUAGUAAUUAUUUAAUUAAAAAAAAAACAUAAAUAAUUUUUGAAGACAUCACCGCCCGGUGUGUGUGUGUUGUGUGACCACACAUAAUGAAUAAGUUAGUGAAGAGAUUGUUACCCGUAAUCUGUUUGGUCAUCCAAUUGGCGGCAAUGCUGUUGUUUGCCUAUAGUUUUUUCAAUGCCGAAGACGUACUGUUCGGCGCCCGCGAUGUCAAGUCGGCCGACGACGGCGUUAACGACAACAACAACCCGGUGGCCAAAAGAAGCAAAGCCUACAGUAUUAUACAGUCGGAUGAUAAUUACCGGACAAUUGCCGAUCGCUGUGAACCAAGACUUACCGAAAGCCGUACUAAACCGUUGUUUCCGAAGAUGGUGUUGAUGGUUGUCGACGCACUUCGUCACGAUUUUAUACCAUCUAUUGACAAAACGAAACUAAUGAAAACUGAGGCUAACAGUGAUGACCGCGUGGCCAACUGUGCCGAUUGUCGGAUGCCAUUCACCGAAACUCUGCUCAAGACUAACGGUAUUGGAUUAGUGUCCUUAUCGGCUACACCGACGGUAACGAUGCCGAGGAUUAAAGCUAUGAUUAGCGGAACCCUUCCGUCAUUCAUGGACUUCAUAAUGAACUUAAGCGCCUAUAAGUUUAAUGGCGAAAAUUUAAUUGAAAAUUUGAACAAAACAAAAAAGCGGAUCAAUUUUUUCGGUGACGAAACUUGGAUUGAUUUGUUGCCCGCAAAUCUGUUUUACAGAUAUAACGGCACGUCUUCAUUCUUUGCCACCGAUUAUACCGAAGUGGACACUAAUGUUACCUAUUGUGUAGACCAAGAAUUGAAGCGACUCAACGACUGGGACGUUAUGAUAAUGCAUUACUUGGGUGUCGACCAUAUCGGCCAUUCACACGGCGGCUAUCAUUCGCGAUUGAUGCCCAAAAAGCUGCUCGAAAUGGAUUCUGUAGUUAAAAAUAUUUACACUAACGUCACGGCACCUGACGUGUCGGAGCCUUAUCUCAUUGUGAUAACAGGCGAUCACGGGAUGACUGAUAUCGGAAAUCACGGCGGAAACACUCCGCAAGAGACAGACACUGCACUGUUGUUUCUCAGUACCAAAAAGACAAAGACCAGCAGCGAAUAUAACGGUUUCGGGAAACGUGCGUUACGUGUACGUCAAGUAGACAUUGCAUCUACACUUUCGGUACUUUUAGGAGUUCCAGUGCCUAAUAAAAGUAUGGGAAAAGUAAUGUUAGAUGUAUUGAAUGCUAUGAACAUGAAGAAAGACAAUCAAUUGUGUCAUAUGUUUGCCAAUGCACUGCAUAUUAGCGAUUUGAUUGUUGAUCUGUCGCCCAGUGAUCGACAAUUAAUUCAAAAAGCGUUCAAAUUUCAUACGAAGAUUACGGAUGAAAAUAAUAAUAACAAAUUUAAUUCAGGAUUUCAUUAUAAAUCGACUGCCGAUCUCUAUAAUAAAUUUAUAGAUUCAUUACAAAUGCAAUUAUUGACCAAAUUUACGGAAAAAUCAUUUUUCUCGUUAUUAACACUUUCGAUAAUAUUUGCCAUUUUGUCGAUAUUCGGCUUUAUAUUCAUCGAAUUUUGUAACCGAAAUUCAUUGAUAUUUACAAAAAUCAAAGACAUUCAAACAAUGUUUGCCAUAAUCAUUGUUGCACUCAAUUGUUUACUUUUAUUGUCGACAAGUUUUAUUGAAAACGAACACUACUUCUGGUAUUAUAUGACCUCAAGUUUUGUGGCCAUCUAUUUGGCGAUUACCGUACGAAACCAUUACCGAUACACUCAUCAAACAGUUGGCUCACUAGUUGAUCCAUUUGUCUCGUUGCGCGAUAACAGUUUGAUCCAAGUGUUGGCUAUUGUACUAAUACUGAUACUUCUUAAGAUGACUCAUGAGUGGAACAUUUUAUACGAUUACGAUAUCGGCGAAUGGCUUAACAAAACUGAAAACAAACGGAUUUUAACUGUUUUAGUCAUUGUUUCGCUGAUUGCCAUCUCAUACCUCAUGUUCACCAAACGAUUCUUCAAACAACAGUGUCUACUCAUCUCUGGUCUCGUUUGGGUUUAUCUCUAUCGGAGCGGUGUCGGUAGUGUAAGCUCAGUGAGGAUACCCUAUUUCAACGUUGAGACCCCCAUCAGAGCCAAAAUAGUUUUCUUUCACGUCUAUCUCAUAAUCAUAGAGUCAUUUUUAAAGCGUGUGAGCAAACUGUUUGACUUUAAUUUCAACAUACCUUUCCUCGAUUUUCUCAAAGUGGACUUCUCUAGUUCCGAUGUCAAACCGGUCACCAACAUUACGCUACGCACUAUUUGCACCGUUUGGGUGCUACUAUCGGCCCUAUUUUUCAAAGUACAUAACAUACCACUGCUGACCAUUAAUAUAGGACUGGAAAAGUUGGUCAACUAUGCGCUCAAAGGUCGUGACGAUUCAUACCGCCUGUCAUUGUUAGUCACAUACCUGUGUUUCGCUCAAAGUGCCUUUUAUAGCGCCGGUAACUCUAAUACGUUGUCCACAAUAGACGUGUCGCCCGCUUUCAUCGGUCUGGACUCUUAUCAACCAUUUUUUGCUACCAUAUUCAUGAUAAUCAGUGUCUAUUCGCUGUACGUCUACUGGAUUUUGAUGUUUUUCAUACGAUUCUGCGACAGCCGACCGAAACCGGUUUACAAGACAUCGGGACAACAGUUGCGUUCAAUAAUCAAUAUACUAUUGAUGGCCCGAUUCGCUACCGUUUUGUUUGACAUGUCGGUGACCAUUGCAUUACAAAAUCAUUUAUUUAUUUGGAGCGUAUUGUGUCCAAAGUUUCUCUAUGAGGCACUCCUUACGUUAGUCACUGAACUGAUCCUAUUGUUUGUCAUUUUUAACAAUUUAAUAGUUGUGUCGGCCACUUUUGGUGGCAGAGACACGACUGGUUAG